UUUCAGUUCAGCGUGCUUCGUCCGAGCGCGAGGAGCGUUGCUAGUCUCAGUCUGCGCGCGUUUAGGUUUUUAGGUCUUAGUGAUGAAUGUUGAUCAGGACAGGCCAUAUGUAUGCACUGCACCUGGAUGCUCCCAGUGCUUCCAAAGAGAAGAUCACCUAAUUAUUCACAGACACAAACAUGAGAUGACCCUCAAAUUUUCUUCUAUUAAGUGUGACAAUAUACUUUCAGAUCAGACUCCAACUCCAACCCGUUUCUUGCAGGAUUGUGAGGAAGUGGGCCUCUUCACUGACUUGGAGCUUAACCAGUCACAGGAGGAGGACACCAAAGCGGUGCCGUGUCAGACACAACCUCAUCAAUUUCAACCUCAACAGCAGCAGCAACAAUGUGCUCUGGCCCACCUGAACCAGAACCAGCUCCACACACACAGUUCACAGCCACAGUCUCAAUGUACUGCCACAUAUUCCACUUCUAAUAAACAAUCUAUACCCAGCUGUCUACACAGCAGACAGAUGCACUCUGUGGCUAACACUUUGCUUGGGACAUCAACUAUGAAUAUGGAGGCACAGUUGUCUAUGGAGUCCAGUAUGAUUGGCAUACCAGGCCCCGCCCACUCUGGCUCAUGCUCCUCCCUCCAGAGGUCAAAGGUCAUACUUAGCCACAGCCAACCUACAGUUUCCAAUGGGAGUCAGAAUCCUCUUUGCCACAUUAUGGAGAUGAUGUCUUCACAACAGCAACCACUGUCGCAUUUACAAUCCGCACCUCAUCAUCAUGCAUACCAGCAGCACUGCCACAGCCAAUCGCCACAAAGACUUACACAUCAACAUCAAAGCCAAGACCAAUCACAUCACAGCCACGCUCACCACUCGCCACCUGCACCGCACAUGCAUCCUGGCUCCUCCCACCAGACUGCCCCUCCCCUUUUACAUCAGCCAAUACCUGGACAGAUGUCCUCUGCACCAAGACAAAGUCCGCCUCCCCUUUCACAUCAGCCAAUACAUGCACAGAUAUCCUCUGCCCCAAAACAAACACACUGUCCACAGUCUCCUCCGCAGGCGACUGGGGGCAGACGCAGACGGACAGCAGAAGAAAACCCAGAUGAGCGCAGACGGAAGUUUCUGGAGAGAAACAGAGCGGCUGCCACGCGGUGCAGACAGAAGAGAAAAGUCUGGGUGAUGUCAUUAGAGAGGAAGGCUGAGGAGCUGACACACACUAACUUACAACUACAGAAUGAGGUGACAUCACUCAAGACAGAAGUCACUCAACUCAAGCAAAUUCUACUUGCACAUAAAAACUGUCCUGUCUCAGUGAGACAGAGAGAAAUGCAAAGUGGAGUAAGUAGCCCAACAGGAAGUCCUGUCCAGCAACAUGCCAUCCAACACAACAGCAUUUCAAAAUCAAGUUUGAAUCUACCACACACUCGCCUCACCACACACUCACACCCUUCUAACAACACACACAAACCAUAACACACUUCUAAAGACACACACACACACACACACACACUGAUAAAAAUGCAAAAUACAUAUCUAUUAUGAGAGCCAUAUGAUUAGGGCACCUAUGGCCAAAAAGGUAUCCAUUAGUGCAAAAGCAAAAAUGAACAGUAAAAUGUCAAAUCAAGAGUUUGAGGCUUGGAUUUCUAGACUUGGAUUUCUUUGAUUUCUGUAUGCACCACAUAUUGCAUGUGCAGGCGUAGGUGUCUGUAAUGUUCAGUCAACCGUAAAAAUAGAACAUUUCAUAAAAAUAGUCUGUUCGUACAGUAUUUCUGGCCCUUGACAUCUCAGGUAAUCAGCUGAGGGUUAGAUGGAUGUUUCCAGGGGUUUGAUUGUAACUCACAGCGAUGAAUUACAAUGCUGGAAAACAUACUGGCUCCUCACACUUAAAUCCCUGUCUUGCACCCUAUUCAUACCUCUCUGUCUGUUUCUCACUCUCUUCCUUACUCUUUCUCAGGGAUGCUCAUCAAAGGUUUCACUCCUGGAGUAUGUGUGAAUUUGUGUGUGUGUAUCAUGUGUUUGUUUCUUUUUUGGCUGCUUUCUGUGUAAAAGAUUUGAUAGCUUCAGUGACAGCUGUUUGUGCUAAAUUCUGGAACUAGCGGCAAAGCCGCAUGAAAUACAUUGAAUCAGGGCAACUUGUAAACUUGUAAUUGUAAAUAGGAAUCUCUAGUUUUAUAAAUGUAUGAUGAUGCAGCUAAAGCUGUUGUUACAUGUUUGUCUUCACUGUAAAUAUUGUCAGAGGGCCUUCAGUAAAUUAUCAGGAAUCACAUUACCUAUGAAAGUACUGAGAGAAUCACAUGUGUGAAUUUUGGGUUCUAUAUACUAACAAAGAAAAAUAUGUUAUGAGAAUAACAUUCAAGUAAAGAUGCAUUAUUUUAUAUAGAUAGAGCAAACAUCAGAAAUCCAUUGACCACAUUCAGUCCAACAGUAAAGGAAUCAUGUUUAACUAAUCACACAGAGCACUCUGUAUGUCUUACAGUAUUUUCCUAAACGAUAUGGCAUAGCAAAAUCAUUCAUACUAACUGGCUCUGUGACAAUCAAAAUGUCAAUACUGACAUUUCCUGGAAAUGAUAUGCAAGCAUGAGUACUAUCUCUAAUUAGAAAUGCUUGUAAAAGCAUUCAUGUAUGCCUAUACAUUCUGUGGAAUAUGGAAUUAUGAAUCUGGACAUAUGGAAUACGAAUGUCAGAAAACGCUGCAGGUUUUAACUGCGUUAUGCAUGUACAGUUUUCUGAAAUAUUUAUCUAUUUUUGUACACCUUUGUUGCCAUUUUUAAUUAAAAAGCACUUACUAUCUGUAAGUCUACUUGUUUCUCUCUUUUUUUC